AUGAUUUCUCUCAAUACCGUCGAUGGACAUGACGCUGACGCGGCUGAGGUCGAUGGGCUAAAGGCCUCCGGUUCGGUUGGCAGGGGAAUCCUCAUGGAUAAUAGUGCUGGUGAAAUACCAUCUGAUGACGAUAGCGUCGUUCAUAGAGAUCCCACAGUAGAGCCUCAGUCUCUUACCAAUUGGUUGGCUUUCUUCCGAUUUUACGGUCGGCCAGUACUUUGUUGCGGGGUGAUGUACUUUGUAUGCUUAGCGACGUGGUUGCGGUCGUUUGUGAAUAUAGAGAUAGAGAAAAUAGCUGCUCUAAAGUUGAGAGAGAGAGUUCUUGGUGGACUCUGUACGCCUUACUUCAUGCCCCCAGCUGAGGCAUUGGAAUUAGAGAAACCUCCACUCUGA